AUGAACAAUAACUUUGCCGUAGUAGAAAUGUCCAAGAGCCAGCAGAACCAGCCAUGCGAGAACCCAGCAGAACCCCACGAGAACAUAAAGGAACAUAAAUAAGCGUCGAGGCUCCCGGAGGAAGACUGCAUGCAGCUCAACCCUUCCUUCAGAGGCAUCGCCAUCAGCUCUCUGCUGGUCAUCGACAUCGGUCUGUCCAAGCAUCUGAGUGUGUGUGUCCACACGUCGUCUUCGUGGGGCAGCAAAAUCCACCCCUGGCGCUCAUUGGUCACUCUGCUGAUGCUGACGGGUCAUGGCAUUCUAGUGUGUCUUCUGCAGAGCAACACACUGGCCGGACAAGAGGUUCUGAUCAAUCUAUUGAUCGCUCUGAUUCUUGAUAUUGUGACUGUGGCAGGAGUUCAGAAACUGUUCCGGCGCAAAGGACCCUAGGACCUCAGUCCUGGUUUAAUAGACUGUGUGGCUCUGGACACGUAUUUGUUCCCGGCGACUUACGCAGGCAGAGCGGCGAUGGUCUCCAAAUUUCUCCUGUCUCAUCUGGUGGUGGCCAUCCUGCUGCGAGUUCUGCUGGUGCUGUGGGUGUUCCUGGUAGGCCUGUCUAGGGUUCUGCUUGGCUGGCACCACCUGACGGACAUGGCGUGUGGCUUCGCUCUGGGUCUCCUGCACUUCAGUCUCAUGGAGUUGGUGUGACUCUCAUCCAGCGCCUGUCACACCAUCAUCACCAUGGGAACCUUUAGCUGGAGCUCCGCCUACUAG